AUGCGCCGAGAGUCGCACGCACCGGAAAAAAUGGCGAGCUCAGAGAAACAGCCAGUCGUAAGUGGUAAAGAUGAUGCCCCGACCAAUCCAAGGGGCAUCCCGUACGCUCCCUUUGUCGACAAAGUCGAGGAUUACGUCUCCACACGGGAUGAUGUCGAGCCGACGCUUCGAAGCUUCCAAGAAAUGAUAUCGAAAUAUCAGUUCAUGGAGCUGAACUUGCAACGUCGGAUGACGGGGCUAAGGGAGAAGAUUCCGGAUAUUCAGAAGACGCUGGAUACGGUGCAAUUCUUAAAGCUACGAAAGGAUGCGACCGAUCCCAUUGAAACAACCUUUGAGCUCAACGACACUCUAUACGCCAAGGCGAAUAUCCCACCGACAGAAGAGGUUUACAUUUGGCUAGGGGCCAACGUUAUGCUGUCUUAUCCGAUUGAUGAAGCCGAGACAUUAUUGACCUCAAAGCUUUCAGCGGCCAAGACAAGCUUGUCAAACUGCGAAGAAGACUUGGACUUCCUCCGAGAACAGAUUACUACCAUGGAGGUUGCUACCGCCAGAGUUUACAACUGGGAGACGGCCCGUCGACCGCUGCUGCAAAGAUGCAGCCGCCGGACGUUUGCUUCUUCACAAGUUGCCGUCGCCGAGGGAUACGAGACUGGCAAGAUUUCCAGAGUUGACCAAGACGAUCGCAUUUUUGAGCCCCGAUCUCCUCGACAAGUUUCACGAGCCGCAGCGCCUCACUCAUACAAUUCCUAUACCCACCGCACUUUUCAACAUAGGCUCCCAACAGAGCCUUCUACCCGACGACAGCGGCCCAGAGAGACUUUCGUCGACCCCAGCGAUCCCGACAGAGCUCAUGGCGCUUCCGCUCACUCGAACAAGUCUCUGCGCCCACGACGCCGCCGCAAAGCUGAGCCUGACUCUGGUACUCUCGAAGCCUGGCGCAAUAAAUCACCCAGUCUCUUUCUAAAGAAAGUAUUGGAGCCCAACGAACAUGCUCUGUACUGGAAGAGACUCGCCGCGGAGAGCCGAAGUGUUCGGCCUCCAAUCCUCUUGCUACAGAUGAUAAUUCGCAAAACAGCGGCGCAAGAACCCGACCAGAAAUAUCUUCUCGAUCUACUUCCCUCGGUAUACGAAUGGGAGAGAGCAAUGAGUAUUGCGCGGCGAAAUGGCCACUCAUAUGAGGACUUGGCCUACUAUAUGUACAUCCUCGAAGGCAAAACGGAUGAUGUGCGAUGUGAAAGAUUUCUUGAACGCGAUUCCUAUAAGCCGCCCUUCAUUUUCCAUUUCCUUCUCAGAUCAUCGUCUCGAUUUACUAGCCUGGAGAACUUCAACCGUCUGAUUGAUUAUUGCAGCUCUUGGUAUCCAGCAGCGGCGGGCAAUGGACUAGACAAGACCAAAUCUAAAUUCUAUAUACCACCUAGGGGAGCAUUUGGAUCGGCGAACUUCAACCACAACAUGUCACUUCUAGCACACCAUUGCAUUCGGCUCGAUCCUAGGCUCAUCAUCAAACUCGCAGAUCUGGCCGUCCGGUAUAUCGAGGCCUUAGUGAAAUCACCCCUACCGCAAGAAGAGAUCUAUCAAGCUCAAUGUGCCGUCUUUAAUCAUGGUCUCAAGCUACUAGGUUCGGACCACAGAAAACGUACGGUCCAGCAGGCAUUGCCUAAUUCGUUCUAUUGGGAAGCGCAGAGGAUACUUCUCGCCGUGUCUUCCAAACUGAAACGGCAACUUCUUGUGAAUGCGGAGGGAUUUCGAGCCAUCAGAACAGUAUUAGCGGGCAUGCCUAAGAACCACGUUGAGAUUCAUAGUUCUGCUAGGCACGCGUCUACGUGGCCCCCAUAUCUACGACCGGGAGACGGCAUGGACGAAGAAAUGGAUCCUGAAGACAACUGGAGUCGAUCUGUACGAGCGGGAGUGCUGAUGCAAGAGGCCGGAUUCGCGAAAACCGACUAUGACGACGCUGUUGAUAUCUUGCAAGGCAUGUCUCCAGACGGGACACCGACAAUCCAGCAACGGAUAUUACCAGGGAAGCGCCGAAAGAUAGGAAUGUGGGAAGCCUCUAUAAGAGCUACGCGUAAUGCACAUGAGGCAUGGGACAGAUUCCAAAACCCUCCUAAAGCUGGACUCAAACUUGGUUUGGCGGAAUAUACUGCCAUGUUCGAAAAGUUGACGCAAAGAGAAGCAGACGAAAACACAAGAGCUCUUCCCGGAGACAGGGCCUUGAACUUCCCUACUACACAGGAAGCUAAUCUCACCGAAUUCGAAAAAGCUAGAAUUCGCCCACCCAGCAUAUCUCAGCUGUAUGAAAGGAUGCAGCUCGAUGGUAUUCGUCCUACAGGCAGCUGCCUUCAAAUCCUGGUGGCCAACACGGAAUCGAUGGAAAUGGCGCGAAAAUAUCUACACGAUAGCGACGGAACUGGGGCCUUGUACCGUCUAAUGUCCCAAGAGAUGGAUGUACAAGCUCUAAAGAAAGUGCCCAUAAGCCUUAUCUCAGCCUGCAUUCAAGUGAUGAUACGGCAAGAGGGUAAAGUAGCUAGGAAGUACAUGAUACGAGCUAUUGAACUGGCAGAGCAACGACUAGGAAACGACCGAACUCCACUGUCCGACUUUAUCUGGGGCACGAUUUUAAAACACCUAUCACAGCACCACUACGGCUUGAGGAUAGCUGUUCAUCAGCAACUCAAACUGUCUCUUCAUAUCAUAAAGAAACUUGAUGGACCUUCUGGGAUUACGCUUCCCCAGUUUGUCCAAUUCAGCAAGACCAUGCGGAAAAUAGCUAAGCGCGAACUUGAGCAGCUUUUUACGGAAAUGGAGUCAGGCUCGUUAACGAUAGAAAACCACGCCAUGUGGCCUUUAUAUGAUGAAAGGUCCAGGCACAAGGAUGCUAUGCACUGGGACACAUUUGAUGACAAGUCAGGAUCCUUGGACUUGUUUCGUGCCUUGCGGUCUUCUGCUCUUCAAAUGAACGAGUUGUUUGACAAGCUUCUCUCGUACGAGAGAGGUUCACGGCAGUUAUUGGGCACAAAGGAACUAGAACCAUUGGAAGGGAUGAUGUGGCGAAAGGACCCAGCUCGUAGCGAACAUGCUUACGAGUACAUGCUCUCUUUGGCUUACCUGGGCGAGUUUCAGCAAAUGGCCAAGUUGCUGAGGUGGUUAAUCAAGGAGUGGGGCCAGCCCGGCAUUGUCCAAGCUCUGUCUGAGGCAGACGAGCCGCCGCCAUAUGCUGACUUUGUUGAAACUCUAUGCGCCUUUCGACUCCUAGCCGAGCCGAUGCUCGAACGAGAAGAGGUGGAGUCCUUACGCGAGGCCAUUGGCACGGCCGGACUGAGCUGGUCGUGGCCUGACGAAGAGGCUGUGGAAGCCUACGCUCAAAUGCAAGAGGAUGAAUCCAUCAAUGUACUGGCGCGCGUAUUAGAGCGGGUGCGCUUAUCCUGGGCAGAAGCUGAGACGGAGGCCGAAAGGUGA